AUGACAGAUAGAAAAGCUUGGAAUUAAAAAGUAACAGCUAACAAAAUAAAUAAUUAGGAAGAUACUGCUAUCCUAUAAUUAGUAAAGUAGUAUGGAAUUAAGAAGUGGACCAUAGUGGCUGAGAAAAUGAAAGAACUCUAUGGUUUAUUUGGUCGAUCAGGAAAAUAAUGUAGAGAACGCUACCAUAAUCAUCUUGAUCCUACUAUAAACAAAGAGCCAUGGAGUGAAAAUGAAGAAAGAGUUAUAUUCAUAGCACAUAAAGAACAUGGAAAUAAAUGGGUAAGAAACUUAAAAUAAUUUUUAGGCUGAAAUUGCGAAACUGUUACCAGGAAGAACUGAUAAUGCAAUUAAAAAUCAUUUUUAUUCAACCUUAAGAAGGAGUUUAAGAAGAAUUAACAAACUAAUAGGAGAUAAGAACAGUAAAUCAUAUAAAUCUAUAUACAGUAAAGAAAAGGGUACUUAACAGAUCAAGGAUAUUAAACCUGGAGUACUAUCCAAAAUAUUUAUUUUGGCAGAGAAGAGUCCAUCAGAAUUAAAAGAUGACCAUAUGAAAAAGCUUUGUUAAGCUUGUAAAGGACUUCAAGAUUCUAUUUUAGAAUUUGCUUAAUCUAAGCAAAAAUCUUAAAUUAACUAAUUUAAUGAAGAUAAGUUUAAAUAAUUGAUUGAUAAGAUUAUGGACUUCAAGUACAUAUUAUUAUUUAGAUUAUAGUGCUUUAUAUACUAAAUAAAGAGAAAGUAGAUUGAAAUUAAAAAAGAAGAAUCAUAAAAAGAGAAAGAGUAGAAUAGAAGAUGAUGAUGAUGAUGAUGACUAUACAAGUGAUUAUAAAUAUGAAGUUAUAAGUCACAAGUUUCCUUUAAAGAGAUCUUCAAGAUUGAAUGCUAAAAAGAAAGUGGUAUCAAUAAUAUCUUAUUUGAAAGCAUAUAGACAAAGAGGAUUAUAUUGAUAUUUGUAUAAGGACCAAAAAGGGACCAUUAUAUACAAUAUUAAGAGAUGAAUUGGUAGAAUAACAAGAUGAAUAAGAAGUAGUUUAAUUAUAUUUAAUAAAUUAGGAAUAAUCUUCAAAUUAUUAGUAGCAAUUUGCUUAUGAAUUUUAAGGAACCAACAGCCCAAACAAUCAUUAAUUCGCUCCAGCUUUUCAUGUUUUAACUCCUAGAUAAAUAUUUUUUUAAAAACAUACAAAUCAAUAUUUAGAAGAAGGAAUACAAAAUAAUGAUGAUGCUUUAUUAAGUAAAUCUAAUUUUGUUCCAAUCUUGAUUACUAAGCAAUAUUCUUAAUGUAAGGAUAGAACCCUUGAUAACUUAGCUUAGUAAUUGUAAUAAAAAAUAAGUAAUUCUAAAUAUAUUAAUUUUUUUAGAUGCAAAUGCUGAAAAGUAUAUUUAUAAUCAUUAAAAUAAUCAGGGGGAUUCUGAUUUAGAGAUUAAUAUUGGUGAUGCUUAUGAAAUUCCCAAAGACUAUAAAUCACCAUCAAGUAAAUUUGGAAUUGGUGGAUAAAGUCCAAGUGCAUUUAGAAAGUAUAAGAAAAACUAAGAGUCAGGAUUAGUUAACUUUAUGAUCACACCUCGUCAUUAUAAAUGA